AUGGAUGCAUUUAUCUCUUCAAUUAUUUCAAGUCGCAUAUCUUGUCUCUGCAGAUGUGCUCAUAUGUUUCAGAUGACAUUUGAUGAAGAUCAAGUCCAAAAUUAUCUCGAUUAUGGUGCAAAAGUUCUUAGAAAAGAUCCACCUUUAUUACGUUUAGAUGGAGACAUCAUGGUAGUUGGUGAUUUACAUGGUAAUGUUGAUGAUUUAUUAAGAAUUUUUAGUAUCAAUGGAUAUCCACCACAAAAAAGAUACUUAUUCCUUGGUGAUUACGUUGACAGAGGAGCAAAUUCGAUAGAAGUCGUAUUACUCUUAGUCUGCCUCAAAAUUAAAUACCCUUCAAGCAUAUAUUUAAUCAGAGGAAAUCAUGAAAGCGAAAAACUCACGUCAUCAUACGGAUUCAAGACAGAAACACAGCGCAGGAUAAACAAAGGAAUAUACGUAGCCUUCUUAAACGUCUUCAAACAGAUGCCUCUCGCUGCAGUUAUCGAAGAUAAGAUUUUUUGUGUUCACGGCGGCAUUUCCAAGAAACUUAAUAAAAUCAGUGAAAUCGAAAAAUUCGAAAAACCGGCAGCGUUUUCGCCUAAUUCCGUAAUUUCAGAUCUUGUUUGGUCAGAUCCACGCGCCAACGUCGAAAGAUGGGCACCAAGCGAUAGAAAGGUUGGUCAGUACUUUGGCUGGCGUGUUGUCAACAAAUUCUUACAAGAAAAUAAGCUUCAAAUGAUUGUUCGAGCUCAUGAAGCUUGUAUUCAUGGUUAUGACUGGCCAUACAUCGACACACCGAAACACGCACAUAAAUUACUUACUGUCUUCUCAAGUACAGACUACGGAAGUACUUUUAACAACGGAUCAGUUUUAUAUGUUCCAAAAGACACAACAAAAUACGAAAUAUCAAUACUAAGGGCUGGAAAAUGUGGCCCAUUUAGCUAUCCACAGUGGUUAGGAAACGAAACUGCAGGAACUCCUGAAAUCGACAUAAAUCCAGACGAAAUUCCUCAAAUUCCCAAUAAAGAGUUCCCACCUGACUAUCUGUAA